UCCGGUAUCCGAAGCUCUCAGGCUGAAGACUUACCUCUGAUCAUUUCGUCUACCUCUGGUGCCCCUCGCCAAAUCGCAAUCCAACCCCCCUCGCCGUCGUCAGAAACAACCACAACAAUGUCCGUCACACUCACCGAAAACCGAACAGUCUACUCGUUGGGCAGAACGCUCGCCGACUACGACUUGCAACACAGCGGCGAGGAAAACGACGUUUCAGAGGCUCCCAACUCUCGUCCUGCGCCGCAAGGUGCUGGCAACAACCCAGCGGACUGGGAAGACACUUUCCGCCGAGUCCCAGACUACCGCCCUAUCGACCACAAUCUCGACUUUGCUUACCGCGAUACCACGCAAAACGGCAUUGAGCGGGCUUUCAUUUGGAACAUGUUUAACGGAAUCGUGCUCACAUCGGCGACGAACAGACUUUGGAGAGCCACUGGAGGAAAGCUGAACAACACAUACUUCCGUUGGCAGGUUGGAGGAGAACAC